AUGGAGGACACAAAGGAGGUGGUGUCAGUGAGGCCUGCGAAUCUUAGCUUCGUUGAGAAGGCCUCCGAGUCUUCGAGUUCCAGCUCCUCGCGGUCCCAGAAGGAGAAGAAGAAACGGAAGCGCUCUGGGGGUGCGAACCCCGAGGAGGCGCUGGAAGCCAUGCUCAAGGGCGAGAGGGUCCGAGACGACCGGCGGAAGAAGUCUGCGCGGGACGCAGGAGCAGCCGCGGCUUGGUUUGCGCAGGAGGCCGACUCCGGAACCUUGCAGCCGGGAGAUCGCGUGGAGGUCGUUGGCCUACAAUCCGCCGGUGGCAAGGCCCUGAACGGCAAGCAGGGGCUCAUCACCAAGUGGGAUGAGAUGAAGGGCCGGUUUCAAGUCGACCUCUUCAUGGCCAACCUGCAGAGCUUGAAGCCGGAGAACCUGAAGCAAGUGGCCAUGGAGCCCAGCGUGUCUCGCCAGAUGUCCGCCGCUGGAUCCAUGGCCGGCCUCAGUGUGUCGCGUGGAGGAACACCGGCAGCACGGCCUCUGGAGUGGCAUUUGCAAAGCUUCUGCUGCUUUCACAAUUGUGAGCGCUGCAGGCGCUACGAGCUGGACCGAUGGUUCUCUCUCUCCCCACUUCCUCUCUGCCGCUGUGUAGGCUGUGGCCAUACCUUCAUUGCAGAGUUGCAAGUGCAUGAGCCACUUGGGUGGGUCAGGCACAUGGACUUCCCUUGCCCUUCCUACCUGCGCUGCAACACCUGCCUCCUUGAGUUGUUCGCGGCCCCAAGGAGGAAGAGCAUCGUUGUGACAGCCCGGGCCAAUGAUGACAUGGUCAUCUCCUGCACCUUGAUGAACGGAAAGGAACUCUGUUCCGCGAAAGGACCCAUCACCCAUCGUGGUCUUCGAGAGCUGAAAGCCAAGCUGAGUGCACAGCUCCCAGAAAUUCUUGAAGACCAGCCGCGUCUGGCGAUUGAUGGUGAGUUUUAUGUUUGGGAAGAGUUCCUGGCCUAUUACGGACCUGCAGCACACAAAGUUUGGCAGGAGGCUGCUGGGCGCACGGCAGAGAUCGUGCUGGUGACGGAGGGCGUCGAGGUGAACCCCUGA